AUGUUCAGAAACGCAGACUCAAAGUGGAGGGUACGUUAAAAACUUUUUGUGAUUUUAAUUAUUAGUAAAUUAUACAAAAUGUUCAUGAUGACAAUAGACGUAGGAAUAUUUUCAGACUGCUCCACAUUACAAAAUUGCUAACUGUGUAAUAGAGAAGAGCAUGUCAACAGUAUUAGCGGCUACGACAUGUUAUCUUUACAAUACUUCCAACUUUUUGAUACAUAAUAGGUCAUUAACAUCAGAUGUCUACCACACAAGGUUGGUAUAUAAUCACUAACAACUAUUUUUUAUAUUAUGAAAAACGCUUGUUGAAAUUCAUGCCUGAACUUCAUUACAGACUUUGCAAAGAUAAAAACGAGUACAACAGCAUACAAAAACUGGAAACAUCAAACGCAGUACGUCGGUUUGACUGGUUGUACUUUACUGUUGUUCGUGAGCCAAUUGACCGAUUCUUUAGUGGCUUUGUCGAUAAAUGUCUUCGGUAAUUUUUUAAUGAAUAAAAAACAAGAGCUAUUGUUACAAAAUAUUUAUAUUUUAGAGAUACCAGAAGACUAGCUGCUUCAGAUAGAUGUUUUGGCUGUAAAGAUAACGUGGAAUGUGUAAUACACAAGUUACAUAACCGUGCACUUGCGUUUUCAAAUGGCAAGACUAAGGCAGUGUCGUAUGAUGACAUUCACUUCUUUCCUCAAAACUGGUACGAUAAUCUACAACAGAUUGUUUUAUUAUCGUAUUAAAAUUAUGGUUUGCACACGUCACAACGUCCAACAGGUACAAACAUUAAAGUAAACUUUCAAAUUUAGGCACUGCAACAUGAAAAGCACCUACAAUAAACUUAAAUUUAUACAUUUCGUGUCACCAAGUAGUGAAGAAUAUCAAGAUAACCUUAAACAAAUGUUGCACUACUUCCAAGAACAAAACGUAGAAGAAGAGAAGCUACGUUACAUAAAGUAAGCAAUUUUAAGUUAGCAAUUUACAAGCAUAAAGGUUAACUCUAUGAAUCGUGUUUUAGCAACUCUCUAACUGGUGGUAAGACAAGACACUCCACUUCAGACUUAGACCAAAGAGAUGACAUUGAAGCUGCAGUAAGAUCGAAUAAACGUUUGAUGAAAAAACUAAUACAGACUUUUUAUUUUGACAUGGUACUGUUUAUGUUCAAUAUACCUGAGUUUUGACGACAAUAAAUUUUAAUUCGCUGUAUCAACAAAAGAAUAUUUAAAAUUUUACAGUGUUUUCCACUUUACGUAAAAUUUUUUUAAAUUUUUAAAUUAGCAACUUGUAAAAUCAUUUCAAAUUUUUAUUAUUUUUGGCAUCCAAGCCGUGCAUCGGCGGUCCUUAGACACGAUGAGUGACGGUUUCGACUACUCAGCUGAUUCACUUUACGGAAAUACUCUAGAAAUCGACGACCUUCAAUCAGCUAUCGACGAAACAAGCGAAGUGUAAGUAUAUUGUUGAAGUUUUCGUUUUUGUCAAAUUAUCUGCACCGCUGCGCCCUAAGUAUUCCGAGUUUCACUUUUUUCUUAUACUUUACAGAUUGUUUAAUAAAAAUGUUAGAGGACGUGAUUAGGUAAUAAUUAUUGCUUAAUUAUAAUAAUGUAUUUAUUGCGUUUUGCAUCCAUUAAAGGAAAAUGUUUAAUUUUAUGUUGUUUUAGAGACGCAGCCGUUCGAGCAGUCGACAAGUGGGACGAUAACCUCGAACAUUAUCACUUCUGGGAACUUCUUGGAAGCGGGUCUUUUGGAGAUGUUUUCAAGGUGUUCAACGAAAAAGAAGGCAAGACUUGUGCUGUGAAGAUGAUGCGGACACCACGAGAAAUGGUCACGUAUCAAAAACGCGAAAUCAGAGCGAUGGGAAUUUUGCGACAUCCGAAUAUCGUCGAACUUCAUUGUGCUUGCAUUGUCCAGAAGUCGAUCUUGAUCAUGGUUAUGCCGCUGCUUUGGAGUAUGCAAGAUGUUAUUCAGGAAGCCAAAAACUCAAAGUUUGUUUUUUUUAUUUUUAGGUAACAUUUUAGAAAAAUAAAUGCGGCUUGGGAACUAUAUUGGGAGAGAAUGCUACGUAUAGUAGCAGUUUGUAAAAUAAGUUACUUUUAAUUUGUUCAUGUAUAACAUGGCCAACAACUUUCAGAUCUUAUCAAGAAUACGACUGCAUUUCCGAAUCGACUUGUCGUUUGUUGAUAAAACAACUUGUAACAGGACUGGCUUUUAUGCACUCCAAGAAGUUUGCCCAUCGUGACUUGAAAGUGGCUAAUCUUCUCCUUGACAAUCAUGGCGUCCUCAAGAUAGCUGAUUUCGGCAUUUGCCAUGAGUUGGACAUGGCGGACUCCGCAGACUUGGCCACAAUGAAAUCUCCGUGUGGAUCUGAAGUAUAUAUGGCUCCAGAAGUAUACUUUAUGUUCCACGCAACAUCAUUUGAAGAGAAAUUUUGUCCAUAUAGUAUCAGGGCGGAGACCUGGUCGAUUGGAGUAAUAUUUUUGGAAAUGAGAGUUGGCAAAGUUCCGUUUUCGCAUUUACUCAUGGAAAGAAAGAAGAGACAGUUGUUGAGAAAUGCUUUGAAACUGUUUUUAGAAAGCGUAAGUUUGUUUUGAAUGUUUUAACAGACUUUUUUGUGUUACCCUGCAUUGGUUUUUAAAAAAAUCUGGGUAUUGAUUUGCAAAAGGAAUUUUUAAUGAACUUAUUGCCUUUUUUACAUUACAGAGUCGUUUUGACUUCAAUUUACUGUAUCCUAACGGUGAACGGCAUGAAGAACUUCUCUUUUCUCAGCCGGCUUUAGAGUUUCUGCGAAAAUGUUUAUAUUGUAAACCAAGACAACGACCGACAGCUCAAAUGCUAUUAGACAGUGAUCCAUGGCUGGAGCCGGUUGAAGAAAUGGAAACCGAAAAGAUUCGAAGAGAACUGUUGAGAACUCGUGGGUUUUUUGAAAUUAAUAUUUAACUCAUAAUUUUUGAAUAUAAAUUAACAUUUAUUUUACAAUUUGUGAAUACUGAAAUCUUUAUGCUACGUAAGAAUGGCAAUUUCAUGUUCUUACAAUAUUGAUCAGAUCCAGGGACGUUGCUACGGUUUUUCUCUAGGGGGGAGGUCGAAAAAAAUUUUUUUUGGUCCACAGGUAGCUAGCUACCUGUGGACCCCCCCCCCUAAACGACGUCCCUGAUCAGAUCUAGUAAAUUGCUUUUUAAAAGAUCAUUUUAGAAUUCCUUGAAAGCGUUGAAGUGAUGGACCAAUAUGGUAACAUGGAGUCUAUGGGGGAAUUCGACAUUGUCACCAACAGCUUAAAACAUGAUCAGGUACUCAUUACUGUUAUGAUACGAUCACCUUCGAUGGUAAGUACUGGUUUCUCAUAUUUGGCUUUAAUUUAGUUUUUACAUUGAAUAGAGGUAUUGUUUUAUAUAUUUAAAGGUAAUAAUUUGAAUAGAAGCAUUUUUGGCACAUUUUAAAGUUAAUAAUUUGCUUGAGUAUAAGCUUUAAAAGGUAAUACUUUAGCAAUACGUCCCAAGAAUUAUACGAUUUGUUGUGGAGUUGAAGAAGAAACUAUUUUGCAAACGAGCGGCCGAAAAAGUUGCCAGAGCAAAAAUGCUACCGUACUCUCGAAGGAAGGUGAUUUGGUAUGUAAUUUUGUUUUACAGCAAAGUUAUUGAUUCUUUUACUCUUACGAAAGACUACUCCGAUUUCUUUUACUGUGGCUUUUUUUCAUACUAACAGUAAAAUUAUUUUAGUGGCCGUGACUUUGUUCGCUUGACGAUGAAGAUUGUGGCAGCUUGUCGACGCUUCAGCAAAUCGGACAAUGUAAAGCACGUCUACGAAACAUUUUCAUUGACUGGCCUACAUAGACCUCCGAAUCAUGCCACACUAGAAGGGAUGGCAGUAGUUUUGGUGAACAAAAGUCUGAAACGGUCGGAGAAGGUGAUGACAUCUAGGAUUCCAGGCAUUGAGCUGAAAUCAGGAGAGUUGGACAAGAAGGACUUUAAGAUGUUGAAACAACAGGCUUUGAAGGACAUUGCUGCAUUUUCGUAGGUUUAUGAUGGCAUUGUGGUGUUUCAUAGGCUAUUUUAUGUUAUGGUUUACGUAAAUGAGUGUCGUCUAGUACAAUAUUAAUUGUUCUGUUUAGCGAAAACCUAUUGAUAAGGCUGGUUUGAAACUUAUUCUAUGGCUGAAUAGGACCCUUCUUACUGAUUUUCAAAUUAAAAAGUAAUCUUUCAAUGACGUUUUGAUUUCAGAGAAGACCUGUCCUCCUACGCGUCUACAGAAACUAUUGAGUCAGUCCCAUCUUCAUCGGCAGUUGAUGAAAGCUCUUUAAGCACAAGAUAUGACAGUGUCGAAACAAGUGGCACAAUUCUAAAGAAAAGGUACCUAAAACUACCGUUCGGACGUCACAAAAUCUACAGACUAGACGAAGCCAAGACCAAGUAUAGGUCACCAAAGUAG